AUGUUGGAUAAAGGCAUAGCACGUAACCUUUUUCCGGUUGGUCCUCCAUCGGGUGGUAGGCCAUCCUCUUUACCUGAACCUACUGGCCUUCCACACAUCCCUCUUAUAGGUGGUUCUGUACGAGGAGCCAGAUCAUCACCUUUGUCUGACCCUAGUUGCCUUUCACGCAGUGGUUUUGUAUCGGGAGCCAGGUCAUCGCCUUUGCCUGAUACUAGUUGCCUUCAACAUAACAUUUUAAUGGGCGGUUUUGUAUCGGGAGGUAGGCCAUCUCCUGACCUUAGUGGCCUUCAACACAACCCUUUUUUAGUUGGUUCAGCACCGAGAGCCAGGUCAUCGCCCGGCCCUAAUGGCCUUCCACGCUUCCCUUUGUCGGGUGGCCUUUCACGCACUUCAGUUAGGACGGCAAGGUCGGGAUUCUCAGGAAUAGUAGCAUGGGUGACAUAA